GCGCGCGCCCGGUGGGGCAGGCCGGGACUCGCAGCUCGCACGCCCUUGGGCCGCGGCGGGCGACCGCUCUCCUUUCCGCUCCCUCAGUCUGCGGAGCCUUCGUGUGUGCGGCGACAUCAUGUCUGCUCCGCUGCCUGCCAUCGGGCCUGCCGCCCGGAAGGCCACUGCUGCGGUGAUUUUCCUUCAUGGUCUGAGGGAUACCGGGCAUGGAUGGGCAGAAGCCUUUGCAGGUAUCGGAAAUUCACAUGUCAAAUAUAUCUGCCCACAUGGGCCAGUUAGGCCUGUUACAUUAAAUAUGAACAUGGCUAUGCCUACUUGGUUUGAUAUUAUUGGGCUUUCACCAGAUUCACAGGAAGAUGAACCUGGAAUUAAACAUGCAACAGAAUGUAUAAAGGCUUUGAUAGAUCAAGAGGUGAAGAAUGGCAUUCCUUCUAACAGAAUUAUUUUGGGAGGAUUUUCUCAGGGAGGAGCUUUGUCUUUAUAUACCGCUCUUACCACCCAGCAGAAACUGGCAGGUGUCACUGCACUCAGCUGCUGGCUUCCACUUCGGGCUUCGUUUCAGGGUCCUAUCUGUGGCGCUAACAGAGAUAUUUCUAUUCUCCAGUGCCAUGGAGAUAGCGAUCCUUUAGUUGCCGUGAUGUUUGGUUCUCUUACUGCUGAAAAACUAAAAACAUUGGUAAAUCUAGUUAAUGUAACCUUUAAAACCUAUGAAGGCAUGAUGCACAAUUCACCUCAUCAGGAAAUGAUGGAUGUCAAGCAAUUCAUUGAUAAACUCCUACCUCCAAUGGAUUGACGUCACUAAGAGGCCUUGGUAGAAGUACACCAGCAUCAUUGUAAUAGAGUAUAAACCUUUUCCCGUGCCCACUCUCCAAACUUCUGAUGUUUGCAAUGUUAAACUGUUUUGCAAAUACACACCAGUGACACAGACUAAAUAAUGUCUCCUCAUGGGAAAUUUAUGAUCUUUUACGUUUCUAUACAUGUAUUCUUAUGAUCCAGAAUAUUACUAGUAUUAAGGUGAAGCAGCUAGCUUCUUUUUUCUCAAAUGUAAUUCAGCAAAAUAAAAAAUACUGCAACCAGAUUUUUUAUUACAUCAUUUGAAAACUACUAGUAUGCUUAAUGAAAAUUUGUUCAGGUAUGAACGAGCAGUUAAGAUAUAAAUGAUUUACGCAUGCUGUGACUUAGUCUAUGGAUUAAUUCCAAAAUUGCUUAGUCACCAUGCAGUGUCUGCAUUUUUAUGUGCGUAUUCCUGUUUACGUAAUGAUUGUAAAACACAGUAAGAAUGAGGUGGCAUUACAUUAUCCCUAAUAAUGGGGAUAAUGCUUUUUAAUGUCAAUAAAGAGUAAUAUGGCUCUCCUCAAUCAGUGGCCCUUUUAUUUUGGGACCAGGCUUUUCUUUUCCCUCAUACCAUUUUAUUUAAUAUUCUUUUCUACUCUCAAGAAAAAAAAAAUGUUCUUUCUUUCUUUAUUGUACUUCAUUGCAGACCAAAUAUUGCCUCCCAGCCAUAGACACCUACUGUCUAUACAUGCUAUAAUCUCACAUUCUGAAUCACAGACAUAAGGUAUUAAAAUCUAUACUUUAUAAAGAAACCAGACAUUACUUAAAACUUUCUGCACUACUUAUUUCAAAUAGCUAUACCUUAGUCCAAGUUUAAACC